AUGAAUUUUGAGCACAUUUUCGCCGCUUUUGUCGCCCUUUUGGCGACCGUUUGCGCCCAAGACGUGCCCAAAGUGUCGGAACUGUUCUCCUUUGAAAAGUUGGCCCAAUAUUCGAGUCUCUUUUCGCCGACUUUUCGCUCAAACCUACCGUUCCUUCCGAUCACUAACGACACACCUUUCCCCCCACAGGCCAGUUGCUUCGCACUGAUCCACGAGGACUUCGCGUACUGUAACCAGAAGGCGGAGGAGAAGGGAAGGGCGUAUUUGGAGGGCGUGGACGAGAACAGCGAGUGGGCGCGUCGGGUGAAGUGCUGCGGGACGUGGAAACUGCGGGACUGUUGGGUGAAGUUUGCGAAAGACAAAUGUGACGCCAAACAGGCCGAACAGGUGUCGCGCCUCCCGUACACCUUUAUGAAGAAUCUGGACGUGACGUGUAAGGACUACCCGGACGGCUCAGACAAGUGUCGCUUCCCCGUGUGGCUCAUUGUGACCAUCGUGUUGGUAGGCGUGGCCCUCAUAGCGGUGGGCGUGUUCUGCGGCGUCCGCUUUUACCGCCGCCGACGAGAGCGACAACUGAGACGACAGUUGCAGACAACGAAUGGCGGCAAAGGAGUGGCCGUGAGUUCGCCCGAAGAGGAGACGCUCAAAGUGCAGCCCGUGUGA